CCUAAUUGUUGUGAUAAACUUAUUAAAUAGAUUUAUGCAAGUAGCUGUGUGAAUGAAUAUUAAUGCAAAAUAGACCCACUUAUUUCGAGGACGAUGAACCGCUUUGUUGCUGUGAAUACUUGAGUUUCGAAGAAAAAAGAAAAAGACAUCUACUGCAGUUCUGCUGUGACUGCGUUCUCAUUGACGAAGUCUGCGAAAGGUGUCUAAGAUGUGAGACAAUUCCAGUGAGUCGGUUCUACAAGUUAUCCGCAGUGAUGCUGGACCGCAUGCGGAUUCCUUCGCCAGGAGGGGCUGUCAGGCUCACGUGGAGACAUGCUCUGCCCUUUGUGGUCUAUCCCCUCCUGGUCUACUGUGGUUCAUACGGUGCCUUCAUCUGCGCCUUCAGCUUCCUAGUUCUUCUCUACGGGAUCGCUCUCUACUCGCAGUUUAUGUUCUCGCGCAAGCAGAAGAACACAGUCGUGGGUUGUUUCAUCUGGGCAUACUUAGUGUACACUUAUUUGCUGUACCUCUGGUAUCUCUACCCUAUGCACAACAUUCCUCAGACAUGGCUGGCAAUUCAACACGUUUCCAUUUGCUUCUUCAUACUCUCAUAUGUACUAACUCUCGCAGGUCCUGGUUUCGUUCCCAUCCGCAGUGGGGAAGAACAGGAGAAGAUCACCUACAUUAAUCAGUGUGAGGUGCAGAUCAACGGCAGUGAAUUACAGGCGGAGGACACUUACAUUAAAGUGGAUGAAGUGACAGGAGCCACUGAAGAGAUUCAGCCUAUGAAAGAGUUCUACAAGUUGAAUCCGCAGUUCUUAGCUGAAAACGACUCCUCAACUACUUCCAAACUGCCUCCUGGAUCCCAGAAAGUGGACCCUAGCUCCAUGGCCGAGGUACCUGAAAUGGAGGCAGAUGACCUAGAGACUGGCUGUGGGGUGUACUGGCCCGUGCUGAAGUGUGAUUGGUUCUACUGUACAGUGUGUAAGAUGCUAGUGCCUCCUCUGUCUGUGCACUGUAGAACAUGCGACAGAUGUGUGUACGAACUAGACCAUCAUUGUUUCUGGCUGGACUGCUGUGUGGGUCUGAAGAACAAGCGGUGGUUUCUACUGCUACUGAUUGCAUUGGUGUCUGGAAACAUGUUCAAUACAUUUAUGGUGUUCAGCACCAUCUGUCCCACUGAGAGUUGGUACUGCCAGGGAAUAUUCAAACAGCCAGACGAAAUGCGCUACGUUUUCUGCACAACCCUGUACGGCUUGUUAGUCUCUAUCUAUCAAUUCUACCCUUUAUUGAGAAUGUUCUACUCCAUUUCGACCAACACAUCAUUGGUGCGGCUGCAGAAGUAUUUCAAGUCUAAAAUGAUGGCAAGAAUGAAUGGAACAGAACCUUUGUCGUACAGAUGGCUCAGCAGGUACAAUCGAGGCUUCUAUCGAAAUUGGGCGAGAGUUAUGUGUCCGCCUAAUGUAUGGGACAUGCCAAGCAAGCCUCCACCGGUUGCCCAAACUGUUUAAAUUGAAGGAACAAAAAACGAAAGAUUUUCGAACAAUUUAUUCUGUAUAAUGAUUUUAACUUCUAUAUUUUGAACAUAUCUGACUUAACUAAUGUUUAUAAUAAAAAAAAGUUUGCAAUAAAAUUCUUAAAUUUA